UCUGCUUGUUGUGAUGGCUUCCUUCGCUUACUGUGUCUACAUGCUUUGACAAAACCAUGGGCUUCUGCGUGUUCCUGCGUCAAACCGGCAAAUGUCCUCUCAGUAAAACCCUUCAUAUCAUUGGAGGCAGACGCAACGUGACAAAGAAAAGAGAAGAGGUGCUGAACUGGAGCAGGAGGCGCAAUGUUUGUGUUUCAGUUACCCGAGGAUGUGCUCUUCCUCGUCCUCUCCUACUUGGAUCCAAGAUCGCUCUGCCGCUUCUCCCAGACAUGCAGGAGAAGCUACCAUUUCAUCUCCAGAGACGCUGUUUGGAGGAGAAUAGCUAAAGACAUGAUCAAUACUGGCCUGACACGACAAGGAAUAGAUCUGUGUCAUUCAGUUCCUCUUAAGGAUAGAGUCAGGGUGUCCCACAACUGGACCCAUGGAGUUUGUCGUAAGGAAAUCCUUUUAAAAUGGAAAAUUAACUUGUUGCCGUGGAUACAGCUGGACUGUGAUGUGCUGUAUCUCUCCCAGGCUGCAAACAUCAGCGCGUACCAUCUGAGAGCGGACGGGGGAAAGUUGCAGAACAGCCGAGUCGCCCUGUUCUCGGGACACCAAGAGGACGUCUGCAGAUUCACUCUAACAGACACACACCUGAUCAGUGCAGGAGGAGAUGGUAAAAUAAUUGUUCAUGACAGAGGAAGUGAUUACUCUGUGGUGUUUAAUGGCCACAAUCAGGAGGUGAACUGCAUUGACUGUAAAGGCGCUGUGAUAGUCAGUGGCUCCAGAGACAAGAGCGCCAAGAUUUGGGCUCUUACUCCAGAUCGUUUUGGACAGUGCCUACAUACAAUCCCCACGUAUGACAGAGUGUGGUCCGUGGCCAUUAGUCCAUCUCUAGGGACGUUUGUGACCGGAACAGCCUGCUGUGAGAAUUUUGCUCCUCUUCGAAUCUGGGACACAGAAAGGUGUCACCUGGUGUCGUGUCUUGGUACGGAGUUCCGCAGAGGUGCAGGUGUGUUGGACAUCAUCUAUGAAUCUCCCUUCCAGCUUCUCACCUGCGGAUACGACACCUUCAUCCGCUACUGGGAUCUGCGCGUCUGCUCCAGGAAGUGUGUUAUGGAGUGGGAGGAGCCUCAUGACAGCGCCCUCUACUGUAUAAAGACAGACAAGAAUCACAUGAUUGCCAGUGGCUCAUCGUACUACGGUGUGGUGCGUCUUUGGGACAAAAGGCAAACUCGCUGUUUACAGAUGUUCCAGUUGGCACCCACCACCAGCAGCCCAGUGUACAGCCUGUGCUUCAACACCACCCACCUAUACGCCGCCUUGGCCUCCGUCCUGUAUUCACUGGACUUCAGAACUGCAGGCUCCCAGUCCUGGAAAUAACCAUGCAGUAAGGUUAAUUGAAACUUUUAGGCUUGUUCUUUGUCUCCUCCAAGCCUUCAGUGCUGGUCUCAGCUCUCAGACAGGGAAGUGGGCAUCUUGCCUUUUGGAUAAUCUGCGCAGCUAACAGUACAGUUGUGGCCUAGUGGAUAUUUCCUGUCACAGGCUCCUGAGAGCGAGCAGGGUUCAUGACCUUCUGUGGCCCAAGUCUUAACGGACUUAACACAUUGCCAGCGACCUCUGGGAUGUCUAAAACAAACACUGCUCAGAGCUGCCAACACCCGCUGAGGGGAUUUAUGCUAAAUCACAGCACAUAUGAUAAUAGAUAUAUUGUAACUCAGAGUAUAUUUUUCCAACAAAGAGCCAAUUAAAUCUGUUUUAUUUUGU